GGGGUCUGGGGUUGGUGGGUGGAGGAGGGAGGGGAGAGGGAGUUCGUCAAGAGUGCGUGGAGUGGAGCCGUCGCUGCGGGGAGACAAAGACGUGCAGGACACGACAGACAAGAGGCGACUCCACCGAACCGGUCCUGGGACUCGCCCUGGUCGACUCAGCCUUAAAUGAGCGAUGGAGUCACAGGUUGAAGUGCCACUCAUCAAACAGGAAAAUGAAGACGUACCGGGCCCUGCUAUGUGUUGGGAAUCGACGGCGAAACGUGAGGAUAAUGACGCUGAUUCGUCUUUGAAGAUUGUUAAAGUUGAAGAAGCCAAUGGGAGACGAGAGGAGACGAUGCACUCCCGUGGAUGCCUGACCAUUCCAGACCAGAACUCCAUCAAGGAGGAUUUAUCGGAGGAGAUUGGUCAAGGCCAAGCCAAGGGGACGGGACUCGCGUGCGAAAAAUGCCGGAAACACUUUGGCCGGUGCCUCGAAGCGACGGCGGAGGAAGCGGAGCUCACCGGCCAGACGCCACCAGCCUGCACGGCGUGCGGGGAGACGCCGGAAGGCACCGGAUGGUGCGCUUUUCAAGACCCCACGUCGUUUGAUCAGUCGGGAGUGCAUAAGGAACAGAAGAAAGCAAUCGGUGGCUCCUCACACCGGGGAAUUCCUAAAACAUCCAUAAAUUUGGCCACCAAAUUAGAAAUUCUGAAGAAACUCGAAGAAGGGGUGAGCGUGCCAUCGAUCGUGGCCGAAUACAACGUCGGGAGAUCCACGGUCUACGACGUGAAAUACGCCAAGCAUAAACUGCUCAAAUUUCAACUCGAGACAUCGGAGGAGGUAACAGUAAAGAGGACCAGAAUGGACCAUUCCAUUAAGUACAGAGACAUUGAGGAGGCUACCAUUGAGUGGUACAAACAGCAGCGUGCCGCGGGUUUUCCGAUCCGCAGCUUCGACAUCCAGGGUGCCGCCAAGCGGUUUGCGAGCAUUUUCAACAUCGAAGACUUCAGCGCGUCCACGGGAUGGCUGUACCGCUUCAGAAGACGCCACGGCGUGGAGCGUAUGAAGGUAUCCGGUGAAAGCCUCGGCACGCAUGUGGAGUCGGUGGGACCGUUCGGCAGGAGUCUGAAGGACACCAUCCCCGGGGAGAACCUGUCGGACUUCCAGGUGUGGAACGGUGACGGAACCGGCUUCUGUCAGCGUGGGCUUCUUUCCGCAACGCAGGCCGGCACACGUGAAGCGCAACUCCCCGGCAGGGAUAUUUCCAAGGGGCGCUUGAGCAUUUUAUUCUGCGCCAACGCGGAUGGUUCCCACCGCGUCCCUGUCGCUGUGGUGGGGAAAUCAAAACGGCCCCGAGUCGUGAGAGAAUGCGUGGAUUCCCUUUCCGUCACCUACUAUGCCUCGGCCUCGGCUUGGUUGGCAGCUGCAGCUUUUGAACGCUGGUUCCAUCGAGAUUUUGUGCCGGCCGUCGUCAAGUUCCAGCAAGCAAACGGCGCCUGCAGCGGUGACGACGUCCGGGCGUUGCUCCUCCUCGACAACACUUCCGCCCGUCUUGUGGAGGAGCCUCCGAGCAGUCACUGUGGUCGUGUCAAGGUUGUUAUUCUCCCGCGGAGCACGGCCCGCCGACUCCAGCCUGUGGAUCAAGCGACCACCGAGACCACUAAAAGACAUUGCAAAAGGAAAUGCGUAGAGUCGUGCCCAGCGAUUGAAGGGCAAGAAGGAAGAGACACUCGAGCAGAGAGAACGUUGGCUAAUUUUAAGGAGUUUGACAUCAAAGGUGCAGUUGGCAAUCCAGCCAACGGCUGCAAUGAACUUCCAUGUUCAUACUUAGCCAAGGCCUGGAAAAAACGUUUGACUGAGGACAUGAUGAAAGAAGACAUCAGGCUUUCCUACCCUCACCUUGAGGCUGACGGCUUGGCGGGUGUUUUGAAUCAUGGGGCGGAAGGGGUAAUUGCUCCGGAGGAUGCGGAGGAGUGGCUCCAUCUGGGCGGCGAUGAUCACGGCGGCCAGCAUCAUGCUGACGAGAAGAGCACCGACCAAAACGCCAACCCAGUGGCCCAGGAAGAGGAGAAGGAAGAGACGGCAGAGGUGGGAGAUGUGGAGCGCAGAGUUCUGCUCUUGGAUGUUAGGAAGGCUUUUGAUGUGAUCUGCAGUUGGAUGGGGACGUUUGAAGGUGGAGAAAUUGUUGACCGCGAUAUCUUUGCUCGUGUAAAGCAGCUCAGGUGCCAGGUGAUUAAAAUGCAACGUUCGAAAAACACCCAAUGCAAGGUCGAUGGCUUAUUGAAGCGAGAGAGAAAACCCAGUGAGCCUUCCACGACCACCCAACCCCGUCCCUCCACCUCGGCAUCAUAGCCUUCCACACACGGAGAGGGUCGUAAUGAAUGGGUUUCCGAAGUGCCGAGAUCCUCGCAAGCGGGUCCCCUUCCUCCAUCUUGGACUCCUCCAUGUUGGCCUUGAGGGACGUCCUUGCAGUCUUUUUCUGCCCUCCUCUUGAGCGAAUGCCAUGACUGAACCGGGGAGAAUAAGACUUGCUUCGAGGGUACAACAAAUACGUGCCAUGAGCUGCACACCAUGCCUGCAUCCCCGGGAGAAUCCGGGCCUUGGUGGGAACUCUGCAGGGCCUGGCUGCUGCUUCUUUCAGGCCCGAUCUCCUCGCUGGGACCUUACAACCAUACCAUUGCAUUUAGCGGACUUUUGAUCUUACCGCCAUAACAUUGUGGUAUUGGGACUUGCCUGGGACAUUACCGCCAUAACAUCAUAUACGGGGGCUCUUGUAGGACUUUAUAAUAAUAUUAACAUAAUAGGAAUUAUCUGGGACCUUACCACCAUAAAAUCACGUGUGGGGUCAUGCUGCUCUGUGAUGGUUUGGCAGAUCUUUUGCUGGGCCUCACCAUUGGUGCACUGGCGUGGGUUGUGAUUAAUUGUGGUGAUUGGGUGAGUUGUGGUGGUUGGGUGGGUGGUGGUUGGUGGUGGUGGGUAGUAAUGGUUGUAGUGUUGAGAUGUACAGUAUAUCCUUGAGACUGCUGGUGCUGGGAUUCAUUGAAGGAGGCAUAUUGCUUCCAGUAUAUUUUAUUUAUAUCUUCCACAGUCGAGAUAUUUGUUAUAUGAUGUCGCAUCUAACUCGGUCCCAUGUCUCUGAGGGACCUUGCCUUCCACAUCUGGCAGAUUCAGCAUUUACACAAUUAGGCCUGCCUGCUGACGAGUGACUAAACAUUGAUCCGGUUUGCUCAAUCAAUGCUGCUGAAUGAUUCACUCCGCGAAGGCCGUGGGGCCAAUGGGUUGUGUAAAUAUUUUUUUUAUAUGGAAAUAAGAAUAUAUAAAGAUGUAUUGUCUACUCUCAACUUUGUUAGCUUGCUUGCAUCGAUGCUGUUGAACUGCCGGAUAUUGUAGGCAAGGCGAUUUUGUUAAAUAUGGGCCCUGAUGAAAUACGGCGUUUCAAAUCGCUGGAGCAGAUCGCUGGAGCAGAUCGCACGAGUCAAUCUUGCCUGCUGGGAGGAAAACCGGUUGCACAAACUGCUCGCACACACGAGCAAUUCAGUUGCACGCAACUGAUUGUUGUUCGGGUGUGGACGUGCCUUAACGCAGUUUGUAUGCGUUGGGUACGCGUGAUCUCUGCAACCGCCAGAGGCCGAUACAUUCACUACAAUAUUUCAAAACAAGUGUUUACACUUUAAAUAUAUCGCAAAAUAAAAGUGCGACGAGACUUGCAAUGAAAAUCAUGUUGUCAAUACAGGUGGUCACAGUCCAGUAAUUACCUGGGCAUUUAAACAUAUCUCCUAGAAAGUGGAAUUAACGUAAAUAAAAAGUGGCUGGUGUUCAA